UGAAUAUGCUGUUACAAUCGAAAUUAUUAGCAAAAGGAAAAAUUUUGAUAAUGAUAAAAAAAUAAAAGAAAACAAAUUCACGACAUGUGUUGCCGUAGCAACUAGCAGACGCAUAAUUUCGCAAUAAGAUGCUCAUUUUUAGACUUCAUCACAGUUGACAGUUCCCACCGUUGAGUUACCGGUGUUUAUUCAUUUCCUUUCGUCACAUUACCCCCUUUUUCUUAUUUUCUGGAAAUAAGGAAUACCGGCUCCGACGAAGUAUUAAUAGUUGCAACAAACUAGCGUUCGCUAAUCGGCCUAAUCCAAACUCAUGACAUAAGCCAUACAACAUGGGGAAUAAGAGGUCUUCAAGGGAAGGAAAUGGCUCAUUUGUUUGCACACUAUGUCCCUUCACCAGUAAUUUAUGGAACAAAUUAAAAAGCCACACAAAGGAGAUCCACAAUAAGAUCAUGGGACCCCUUGACUGUUGUGGCUUCUGUUUUUCUGGUAAAGCCGCCCUGCAACACCACAAUGAGGCCCAUCACAUUCCUAGAUAUGAAUGUUCUCUAUGUGAUCGUCGCUUUCAUGCUCCAUCUCAUCUCCGAAGUCACCAUGUUGCUGUCCACUCUGAUUACAAAAAAUUCAAGUGCAACGGCUGUGAAUAUGCAACUUCCAAGAAACACAACCUAAAGAAACACAUGGAACGAAAAAAUCACAGAGCAGAAUCAGACGAGGAAUGGAUCACUACAAGAGGACAAAGACAUAAGUGUGAAAUAUGUUGUCGAAUCUUUCCAUAUCCAUCAAGGCUUCGUUAUCACAUGACAUUCGCCCAUGGUGAGCAGAAGCCAUUUAAGUGUAGCCGUUGUGAAUACACGACAGAUCAAAAGGGUCAUCUUAAGCGGCAUUCACAGGUGCACGAAUCUAAGGAUAAAUCAACGUCUAAUAACGAAUCUGUUGAACGCAGCAGUACGUCUACCAACGUUAAUUGUACUGAUGCAUGUGACCUACCUCGAGAGGAAGAAGAUGUUGAAAGAAACACUGUUGAUCGUCCAUUGCGUAAGUUACGCAUUACAGUACAAUCCAAAACUGUCAACAGAGUAAAUGGCGAAUCGCCGGCUGUCGAGAAGAAACGAAGCAACAGAAAGACUGCUGAGGAAGAGUCUGAAGAUUCGGCUCCAUCUUAUACCUCUAUUAAUAACGUUGUCGACAACAGUAGUCAUCAUUCAGAAAAUGUCGAAUCCGUGGAAAUGAGAAAAAAUCUCAUCAGUUCCACUUCUUCUGAUGAUCAUCCACCUUCACAACGAUUUUCGUUGCUACCUGUUUUGGCGACUCCUAUGCACGAAGAAGCCCGCAAACUGAAGUCUGAGGUUUUACUAGCAACCACCCUCCCCGUGGUGCUUUCUCUACUGGAGCGUUUGCUGGAUCUUUCUGCCUCCAUCAUGCACCAGAUUCGCAUUUCCAUGGAGGUUGAAGUUCGUCAUAAAGCCAUCGAAUGCUUUGAAUAUGUAUGGAGUGCUUCUAAAAUAGCAGUCGGUCGCUGGAGAGACAUGGUGGAAACCUCGAUGGAUCGCAAUAUUUUUCUGAAAGCUGUACAAUAUGCGUACGAAAUACUUCCGGUCUUCGUCAGUUUGGAGAUAAAUGAACAUCUAGAAAUGGUGGAAAACGUUAUGUUACUUGCUCUUAACACUGUUAAGAACUGCCAACAUCCAUCUUCGACUGGAGAAUUCUAAGCCUGGCCCAUUUGGCCAAUGUAACUUGAAUGUUCCGGGAAGAUGUUAUUAGAUCACCUUGGGAUGAAAGCUUGAAGAAUGUGAAUGUGUCUAGUAGAUAUUACGAAGACCUAACUGAAUUGCACUAUAUGAUUGUUAUGUUUUUCAUAGCAAAUCACAUUUUUUCCAUUUUACUGAAUGUAGUAAGAAAGUUUAGUUUUCUUUUUUGUUUUCUGUAGUUUUGUUUUAUGUUAUGAUUUUGACUUUUCUGAAGCAGCAUGAGGGAUAUUGAUUUAUGUGAUACUACAGUGAAAUAGCUAAAAUACUAUUUUUGUUCUUAUACAGACAAGGGAAGCUAUUAAUGUUUUCUUUUUGGUGACGCUAUCACGUUUUUUCGACAUUUCUUUGCUUAAGUCUAAAUACAAGAAUUUGUGUUUGUUCAAUAA